UUCUUAUCCCAUUGGAAAAAGGAUCAGACUCAUCUAAUAAAUUGUGUGACAGACACCAGGUUUUCCAAACCACACAUUCGUUUCUAAAUUAGUACUAUUAGUUUUUGGUUCCUGGGCUUUUCCUACAGAGUGUGAAGCAUUAUAAGAGCGUUGAGCCUUCCCUUUCAAUUUAUUAAAAAACUUUUGUCACUUCCACAGAUUGUUCACAUGGUUUUGGAGGUUCAAGAAUCUGCUCUAAUGGAGAGCUGUAAUGGCAAUGUGUUUCAACUUAGUGUCAAGCAAGGAGAGCCAACUUUGGUUCCUCCUGCAGAGGAAACAGAGAAGGGUCUAUAUUUCCUUUCAAACCUUGACCAGAACAUUGCGGUGAUCGUUCGUACUGUCUAUUGCUUCAAGUCAGAUGAGAUAGGAAAUGAGAAGGCUUGGGAAGUGAUCAGGAAUGCCUUGGAAAAGGUUCUUGUUCACUAUUACCCGCUUGCUGGGAGGCUAACUAUCAGCUCUGAGGGUAAGCUCAUUGUGGAUUGCAAUGGAGAGGGAGCUAUUUUUGUUGAGGCUGAAGCAAACUGUUCAAUGAAAGAGAUAGGAGACAUAACAAAGCCUGACCCUGAGACUCUCAGGAAGCUGGUUUAUGACAUUCCUGGAGCAAAGAACAUGCUAGAGGUGCCUCCCUUGGUGGCUCAGGUGACUAAGUUCAAGUGUGGGGGAUUUGUUCUUGGGCUGUGCAUGAAUCAUUGUAUGUUUGAUGGCAUUGGUGCUAUGGAGUUUGUGAACUCAUGGGGUGAAACAGCCAGAGGCUUGCCACUAGCUGUCCCUCCAUUCCUAAACAGAAGCUUACUUAAGGCCCGAAACCCGCCAGAGAUAGAGCACCAGCAUCAGGAAUUUGCCGAGAUAGAAGACAAGUCCUGCAUCAGUGACAUUUAUAAUGAUGAAUUGGUGUAUAGGUCCUUCUGUUUUGACCCUGAGAAGCUAGACAAACUAAAGAUGAAAGCCAUGGAAAAUGGGGUUCUUGACAAGUGCACUACAUUUGAAGUCCUCUCAGCAUUUGUAUGGAAAGCUAGAACUGAGGCACUGGGGUUUCUGCCUGACCAAAAAACAAAGCUCCUAUUUGCUGUUGAUGGGAGGCCUAAAUUUAACCCACCACUACCAAAAGGGUACUUUGGCAAUGGAAUUGUGUUAAUUAAUUCUAUAUGUCAAGCAGGUGAACUACUAGAGAAGCCACUUUCAUUUGCAGUGGGGUUGGUUAAGAAUGCAAUUAAGAUGGUCACAGAUAGUUACAUGAGAUCGGCCAUAGAUUACUUUGAAAUGACAAGAGCUAGGCCAUCUUUGUCUUCCACCCUUUUGAUCACUACUUGGUCCAGGCUAUCUUUCCACACAACAGACUUUGGAUGGGGUGAACCUGUUCUAUCAGGGCCAGUGGCAUUGCCUGAGAAGGAAGUGACUUUGUUCUUGUCUCAUGGCAAAGAAAGGAAAAGCAUAAAUGUGCUUAUGGGUUUGCCAGCUUCUUCCAUGAAGAUCUUCCAAGAACUGGUGCAGAUUUAUUGAAAAAGAAAUUAAUGUCUACAUGAUGCUGUUGAUUUUAAAAAAUUACUAUCACCACAUUGGUCUAGUUUAUCUUAUAUUAUUCAUCAUAGUUCGUUAAUAGGCAAGUCAAAGAAAAUUAUGCGUGGCCAAGUCAAGUUGGAAGGUGAAUUAUGUAUUACGAAUAUGUUAUUUCCGCAUCUUUCUUUUAUAUAUUGGAGUUGGAAACUAAAA